AAACUGGUCAACGCUACCGAAGCCAUUCCACACACCACGAACUUAGAACCUGGGGAAGCAUCGUUCCACUCGGCUAGUGAGAAGCCUUGUGAUGAUGGUGGUGGCGAGGCUGACACAGGAGUGGCCCAGCUGGUUGAGGCCAUGAAGGAACUCUCUGCCAACUACAACAAACUGCUCAACUUCUCCGUUGUGCCCAGUCAUGCCGUCACCACCUUCGAGGAGGACUUCCAUAAGCUGGCCGAUAUCGCGCAUAGGGUCAAGGACUUGUCUAAGAAACCGGAGGCGCCUACUUCAACCGGAGUUUACUACGACAGUGGUGGCAGCUUCGCUGUGGAGUCAGUAACACCUGCCUCGCCCACGGCCUGGGGUGUGGAGGGGACCGAGAGACCGAGCAUCGUAGAGAGCCUCAGCAGCAACGUGACAGUCCGGGCAGGAGACACCGCCACUCUCACUUGUCAUGUUAACAACCUUGGAGACGCCACCGUAUCUUGGGUGCGCAACAAGGACCUGAGUAUCGUGGCUGUGGGUCCCUUCGUAUACGUCUCCAGCGAUCGCUUCCAGGUGAGGCGACAUGAAGAAGAGCACCAGCUGAACAUCCUGCGGGUGGAGGAGAACGACCAAGGCGUCUACGAGUGCCAGGUCUCCGUGGAACCCCUUGUCAUUCACCAGAUUUGGCUCACACUCUACUCUGAUGUGGAGGAGGAGGAGGAGGAGGAGGAGGUGGAGGUGGUGGCGGAGGAGGUGGAGAUCCCCAACAUCGUAGAGAGCCUCAGCAGCAACGUGACAGUCCGGACAGGAAACAUUGCCACUCUCACUUGUCACGUCAUUAAUCUUGGAGACUCCACCGUAUAUUGGUACCGCGACAGAGACAUAAAUGUGUUAGCAGGUGGAUCUGACGUCUUCAUAAUGGACGAACGCUUCAGGGUGGUGCAUGACAACUCCGAGGACUGGAAGAUUGAGAUAACAGGUGUUCGUGCGUCCGACGCUGGAUGGUACAAAUGUGUUGUGAUCGCACCGUCCGUUAUCAACCACAAAAUCUAUCUUGCAGUUGAGGGAAGAGAGGCGAGGAUAGUGACAGAGGAGAGCAACAGAAACGCUACGGUGAAGGAGGGCGACACAGCCACCCUUAACUGCAGAGUUAAAAACUUAGACACAGACACCGUCACGUGGACGCGAAUGCGUGACCAGUAUAUUCUGACGGCGGCGGAGUACACAUUCUCCCCUGACGAGCGCUUCUCCGCAGUACACGAAGGCGAGGAGUGGCGACUACAGAUAGAUGCUGUCAACAAGAGGGACGAGGGAGAGUACGAGUGCCAAGUCUCCACCACCCCGGCCACAACACAGGUUUUCUUUCUUAAGGUCAUUGAGACACAAGGAGCACCUGGAGAGGUGUCAGUGCCGUCGGCGGCGGCAGAAGAUAGCAACAAGGAGGUGUGGGUCGUUCCAGGUGACACCGCCACCCUCACCUGUCCAAUACUAGACCCCGGCAACGAUUCAAUCCCUACUGGCCCAAGAUGGAUGUAGCACCGACGGACGUUCACACAGUAGAGGGCAAGACGGUGACCUUGACCUGCCGUGCCUCAAGUCAGGUGCAACCCGUAAUCACCUGGACCAAAAAUGACCUCCCCUUGACUUCUGACCGCUACCAGAUCACCCACGAUGGAGACCUUGUUCUCAGUGCUGUGAGUGUGAGUGACACGGGGCAUUACGUGUGUAGUGCUGUUAAUCCCUACGGCAGUGUGGAGAGCGGUGCCCAGCUCAGGGUAGAGGAAACCACCAGGAUCAUCAGGGCGCCCAGAGACCGUGUCCGAGGCAGGGGCGAGGCUGCUGUCUUCAGGUGCAAAGUAGCCGUUGAUAGCGACUUGGAGCUGAAUGUCAAUUGGCUGGUGAACGGAGUACUCGUUGACUACGACAAGAACCCCAGACUAUUGAGACAACCCAAGAAUGGCCUAACGGUGAGCCUGGUAACUGAGGAUGACGCUGGGGUUUACACCUGCGUGGCCUCCACACCCCUGGAUAGCGUCAACGCUAGUGCUACGCUCACCGUCAGAGGAGCAGGGAAGUCAUCAAAGCCCGUGCCCAUACCGGAUGUCAGAGUGCCCCCAGCCCGACACGAUAGUCCGUGCCCACCACCCUAUAACAGAAUUAAAGAUACACUUUGUAUCCUUCAAGUGACAGACCAGAAAAUGAACUGGAGAGACGCUCGUGAAUACUGCAGGAGCGAGGGCGGAGACCUGGCCUGGGAAACCGACAACAUCGUUCUGAGGACCUUCUUGGAGGAGCUUUAUGGCCUUGGUGGUGUUUCAUGGACGCAAUGGCCGUUCUGGGUGGGUGGGAGAGAACAUCGAGAAAGUACUAGUGAAAGUGAUAACAAUGACAAUCUCCGCAAAGGAGGAAGUACUGCCAGUGGCAAAGGAGGCACAAUGGAACCGGAAACAAAGGAGGUGCAGGGAGAGGCAGUAAUAAAGGAGGUGGCAGCAACAGAGUGUGGCGGUGGGUGGAUGCAACACGGGUGUCAGCUGAAGGUGUGUGGGCGCCUGGACAGCCACGACAUUACAGGCUCGCGGAUUCCCCGGACGGUGUCUGUAUGAUCCUGGACGGAUACGUGGGAUACCGCUCCACGGCACUACCCUGUCACCUCAGACGACGCUUCCUUUGUCGACCUCUCGUCCAAUGAGUUUAUCACCGUCUACCUUUAACUAAGCUUAAAGGUCCUAAAAAAUUAAGUAUGAGAGUUCCUAGCGAUGUGUUAUAAUAUAAUGUAAGACCAACUUAAAUUUUCUCAUUUUAAAACCAAUCAUAGCAAUUGCUUUAUUUGAUGAUGUGAGAACAUGUUCUCACAUCUCGAGUUUCCGAGGUGUGAGAACAUGUUCUCACAUCUCGAGUUUCCGAGGUGUGAGAACAUGUUCUCACAUCUCGAGUUUCCGAGGUGUGAGAACAUCUUCCAAAUAAGAUUCAGGCAGGAAUUAAUGAAAACCGAUGGAAUAAUCCAUAAGACUGGAUCAUCCAAAAUGGAACUGUUGAUGGCUGUUCAUUUUAUUGCAUAACAGCUGUGGUCUAGAUGCCCAGGAAGUUGAUCCAGGUGAGGUAACUGGGAAAACAUUGACCUUAUACAUAUCAGUAAGAGUCACCGGCAUCCCUCUAGUGCUGAAGUCUCUAAUGCAACUAGAAUGAACUACGAUACGGGUGGGGUUAGAACCCAUGGGCCAGCUGACUACAAUAAGAUUCAUCCAGCUAGAUAUAUUUAUACACCACAGGGAGGUUAGGAUGGGCCACAAUGGGGCCCGUGCUACCCUCCCUAAUUUAUUUUUAACUUAAAUUAAUUUAAAAUUUCUUAAAAGCUGGUCAGUCUUUGUAAAAAGUUAGGAUUGAUUUUAACCUCCGAAGGUCCCGGUUCGCAUUUUUGGACGAAAUUGGAAAAAAAUUGAAAUUCUGACGCAUGUGACUGGCUUUAAGAUUUCCUUGCUCAUGACGUGAUAAUGCAACUUAUGAGUGGAUUCAAACUAAACGUGGUUGUGCAUUUUUGAACUUUUUCUCACUUUAAAAGGUUUAAUUAGAUUUGAACCGUAUAUAUCCUAUUUUACAAUUUUAAUGAAGAAAUUUAUAUGUUAGCUUCGAUGAUGAAUUAGGAAUGUCACUUUUAAUUCCCUUCAAAUCUUCAGUGUUAAUAUAUAACGGCAUUAGCAUCUUAUGCCGCACUCUGCACUAUUCCAAUUGCGUGCAGUGAGGCACAAGGGACAGGGAUUAUGGAAUACAGGGAUACUUUCCUCGGGUCGCCCAGCGACCGAAAUCCACUAGGUAAUUUUAGCUACUAAUGUAUAUAUGUAUAUUGCUAUUUUUAAUUUCGGGUAUUAAAAUAAUUAUGUUUAUUUUUUAAUUUUUCAUUGUUUUUCACCAAUGUUUAUAAAAACUUUAAACUAUACAAAAUGUAUCAGCUAACUUAGUUUAAUAAUGGAGAGAGGUUGCUUAAGUUUAAUGAUGGAGAGAGGUUGCUUAAGUUUAAUAAUGGAGAUAGAGGUUACUCAAGUUCUGAACUGUAAUUGCGGAUUCUGAAAAUCAGUUUAUUAAAAUAAAGUACGUUUUAUCAGUUUUAAUUUUUUUAAAGCUUUAAAUUAACAGUUUCAUGUAACUGGAAAUUAUUCAGACUUUUAUAUUCUUAAUUGAUUUCUGAUUAUGUUUGUAUCAUAUUACUAAAUAUGGAGAGAGAUUCAGAAAUUUAAUAUUUUCAAGUAUUUUAAUAUGUAAACCUCAAGGGGAUGCUGUUAAUUAGUAAUGAAUAAUAACAUUGUCAUCUUAGAGAAAUUAAA